CCUGACAGCAAUCUGCUGUAGAAGACAGACUCCCAAGAUGGCACUAUCCUGAGGUGGCCAAUGCCGUCGGCUCUCUUUGACAUGCCGUGGUGGCAGGCGCUCUUAAACUCCACCCUCACCCUCAAUCAAAGCAACAGUAGUUUGUUCCUGCUUGAUGUCCCCUGCUGGCAAUCAAGCGCCAUGACGCUUACACUAGUGUUAUGCUACUGCCUGGUGCUUAUUUUGGGCUUGCUUGGUAACAUCCUCCUCAUUUGCAUUAUUAUGCACCAGCGGGACCCUCCGAACGUCACUAGCAUCCUCAUUGCCAACCUUUCGGUUUCCGACAUCCUGGUGAGUGUGUUCUGCCUUCCCUUCACUGUGGUUUACACUCUCAUGGAUCACUGGAUCUUCGGUGGGCUGCUAUGUCGCCUAAUGCCGUUUGUGCAGUGUGUGUCGGUGACAGUUUCAGUCCUGUCUCUGGUUUUGAUCGCACUUGAAAGGCACCAGCUCAUACUGCAUCCAUCUGGCUGGAAGCCGAGCGUCCCGCAGGCAUACAUAGCCGUUUUGAUUGUGUGGCUGCUGGCCUGCAUAACAUCAUUACCUUUCCUGGCAUUCCACAUGCUCAGCAGCGAGCCAUACAGUCUGCUUCCCGCGCCGCUUAGCCAGCUACAGGCAUGUCUGGAAGUCUGGCCUUCUCAGCAGCACAAACUAGUCUACACCACCAGCCUGUUAAUAUUCCAGUACUGCUGCCCGCUACUCCUCAUGCUUCUCUGCUACCUUCGCAUCUUCCUGCGGCUGCGACGCCGACAACGCAUGCUGGAGCGCCAGUGCAGCCGCAAUCGAGAAGACGAACACAGGCGCGUGAAGCACAGCAAACGCAUAAAUGUUAUGCUUGCCACUUUGGUGGUUGCAUUUGCUGUGUGCUGGCUGCCAUUAAAUGCCUUUAAUGUGGUGGCGGACUGGUACCAGGAGGCGCUGCCUGUGUGUUACCACAAUCUGCUGUUUUCACUCUGUCAUCUGCUGGCCAUGAGUUCCACCUGCAUCAACCCCAUCAUCUAUGGCUUCCUCAACAGCAACUUUCGCAAGGAUGUGUCCUCCGUGGUGCUACACUGCCAUUUUCAGCCAGUCGAAGACAGCUACGAACACUUUCCAAUGUCCACCAUGAACACUGAUGUGUCACGGACAUCACUCAGAAACAGUUCUGUGUAAUUCUGGGCUUAUUGCUUAAUUAAUCUGGACAUCAAAACCAGUGUUUAGCUUAGAUCAAGCUUGACUUCCACUACAGUGACAGAUGCCAUAUAGUGGAAAGGUGGAAAUAAAAGUACAUAAAUGUAUUGAAAAUGUAACUUGAAUGGAUUGAUUAUGGAUUCUGAUUGGUCCACGGAAUGAAGUCGUGACAAAUACCCAUUUGAUUUAUAAGGAUUGAAUCCUAUCCUUGUUGUAACAUUGAGGUAUGUUAUGCACACUGAUUAUGUUUUAAAUUUCCAAAAGCAUUUUACUCUGCUAAAACUGGUGGACUAUGUAAGGAAAAUGCAGCAGAAGGUUUGUGAGCUAUGUAGCUUUUUUGCCACUCAAACACAAUGAAAGCUAUAAGGAAUGAAUUGGGUGAAGGCAACACUUGCAUCUGAAACAUUAUCUCUUCUUCCUUGAGGCACUGAGCUAAGAUUGGAGGUAUUGCCAGUGUACAAAUGCCUGGAAAUUGCAGCUAGCUAAGCCCUAAUGCUAACCCUAAUGUCUAGCGUGAUUCAAGCUAAAACCCACAAUAAAUCAGAAUAUACCUGUCAGCUUAUAUUGUCAGGCUGCAGCCUAAAAGGGGAAAACCGAUAAUAUCCACUGGACAAACAAAACUGUGCUGGAGUUUUUCAUUUUUCUGGGGCUUAUUUUUGUGACUCAUCCUUUCAAACAAGAUUGCACACACACACAUAGCCAGCAGAAAGAGACAUUGGCUGAAAUGUUCUAUCAAGAAACUAUUAAUUAAUAUUAUACGAUGUUUAAACUCAAAAAGAUGAUUAAAUAAAAUUGUGAAAAAUACAUAAAUGUCACCUUCAUCAUAAAUGUGCUUGUGAAAUAUAUCUGUUCGGUUUGUUGAUCAGGUGUCAGGCCAACUCAUCUGUCAGUCACAUAAAGACAUGAUUGAUGGGAGUAAUAAUUUUGUAUGAUAAAUGGGCUCUGGUAUAAUACAUCAAUUUAUUUUAAAGUGCACUCCCAAUAGAAAAGGCAUCCACAUUUCAAGAUUACACCCAUUUCAUGACUUAGUAAUGCAGAGUUAUAACAUACUGCAAUCAUAGGACUGAGUGCUUGUAUCCUUGCCAGGCAAAACAUCUUUCUCAGUACCUGGGGAAAAGUUUGCCAUAACUUUAAUAGUGGGAAUCAAACACAACAAAAUCCCUUAUUCCCUUAUACCCCCAUCAUGUAUUUAUUUAUAUACCAUACUGUUCUAAUUGACAUGUUCCUGGAUCAACAUCUUUUGUUGAGCCUGGAACAACAAUCCUGUCCAAAAAGAUAUCUGGUCUAACCCUACCCAUAACUUAUCCUAUAAUCAAAGGGACAUAAUAAAUAACACUGAUGUAGAAAGCAUCUAACCCUGGUUGUAAGCCUAAACUUGACUGAGGCAACUUUAACUGUAAACCAUCCCUUAAAUCUGAUUGGUUGAUUGGAAUGUUGUUCCAGGAUCAACAAAGAUGUUGAACACUUUUUAUAAGGCGAAAUCACGUUGACCAAGCAGGAUUUGUUUUUGAAUGCAUUCAGCAGCAAGAUUGUAACUGUUCAAACUUCUCUAGACAUAUUGUAAUGCCUCAAUUGAAUGUGACUGUGUCUUAUUCUAGUGUUAUGUAUUUUCAGGUUUUGUGAAACAUUAUAAACAUUUACUGUUCUGUUUUGUAUCUGUGUAAUGUCAUAUCCAUGGGUGGAACAUCAAUAAAUCUCUUUUAUGGGCAAUUGGGGUGAUACCAAAUGUUGUAAAAGAGAAAAGCUGAGAUUUAGAGGGAGAAGUAAAGAGAGAAGAGACGAUAGAUGAGUUUAAUAUGAAUUUUCCUGGAACGGUACAGUUGGCUCAUGCUAUAUGGUUCUCAAUUGUGCAUCUGUUUGCCUGUAUUUUUUCACAAUUGUUUUGAUGUUGUUUAGUUUUUGUAAAUGUGAUAGAAAGACAGCACAUACAUUGCAUAAAAUGAUUGGUUGUUGCAAUGAAUUUUAUAUUAAAUCUGAUGUCAUGCAUGUUUACAUGUUCACACCCCUGGCUGCUCCUAAUAUAUGUGCACUACCUUGGAUGGAUUAAAUGCAGAUGACAUA